CGCACCCGUUUCGCGCAGUUGUCCCAUUUAUUAGUAACUGACAUCGUAUUUGCCCGUGGGCUUAUUACGUUCACCAUUUAUUGAAAUUUUAACGAAAAAUAAAUAAUCGCAUAUUUUACUAUUUGAUAUUUAUUUUUUUUUUUUUCUAAUAGUUCUAUCAUAAAUAUAGUGUCGUAUAGUAGCGCGGUUGAGUGUUUUUUGUGUUCCUGUUAUUAUUCUACCAAACGAUUAUUUAACUAUAAUAGUUCGGUCGUGUGCAAAAUUCAAUAAGCCCACCGAACACCUGAUAACGCAAUUCCUGUCCGUUGCACCUGUUUCUUUUAAUGUGGAAAAACACUGGAAAAUGAGUUGGGGAACGGAAUUAUGGGUUAGUAUCUUGUACAAGUUUUCGUAACAAGUGGAUCUAUCCAAAUAUUUUUUGAUAAUUAAAAGUUUUCCUGUUGAUUGAUCCAAUUAUUAGGUACCACCUACCAUAUUACCUAGUUAAUUUUUUAAAAAUUACUAUUCGUUUUUACAUUAUUUAAUGUUCAUAGUUUUCUCAAACUAAGUACUAAUCUAAAUAGUUUUUUGCAUCUUUUUCAUAUACAUGUGAUGUAUACACAUUGGUAAAUUUAAAUUUAGAAAUGUGUGUGUGAAAGGCUAUCUAUCUAAUGUUAUUGAAAUACAUGCAUAAUACUACCCAGAAUAUUACCUAUCUUGUUGUAUUUAAUCUUAUAAUUAUAAAUACUUAUAAUAAACUUUUGUAUCUAAGUAGGUAGGAAACGGUGGAAAUUUCACAAAAUAACAUUUUUUUAAUUAAAGUAAAUAUUUUGUUCUGGUUUUUUUUAUGUAAGGGAAAUCCUUAUAUAAUUUCUUUUAUAAUAGGUAUGUACUAAUUAAAUACUAUUUACAUUACAAAUUAAUCAGGUAGUUUUUUUAUAAAUAAAGUUGUUGAUUUUUGUAACACACUUAAUAUAGAACCUACCUUGGUGCCUAUAGAUAAUAUAUUUUGUCAUCUAACAAUUUUGUGUUCAUUGUUUUAAAUAAAUAUCAUUUAGCUAAUUAGAUAACAAUGAUAACACCAGCAAAUAACAAUAAUUUCAUUCUAUUGAUUAUUAUUAAAUUAUUUAAAAACAAAUUAUCAAUUAGGUAAUAGGAGUUAUAUUUUAAGAAAUUCCUUGCCAGACUAUAUCAACAUACAAAUUCUCUAAUUUACCUGUUACCCAUUAAUUUACUUACUCGAAUAUCUAUAUUCAAAGAAAAAUUACAAUCCUAGGCAUUCAUAAGUAUAAAAUACAUUAAUAUAAUAUAACCAGAUUUUUUAGAUCCAAAUUUGUUAUUUGUUUGUAAAUUUAUGGUGAAUCCAUGAGGUAGGCAAUCCCUUUUAAAUAAACUCUUACCUUGAUUCAUCAUAAAUGUAUGCUUUAUAUAUAUUAAUUUAAAAAAAUUCUCCCCCUCCAUCAUCUUGUCCUGGAUCCGCCUUUGUUGUAUAUAGUUUUAUCUAUCCCUACUAUUCUUUUUAUAAGUAUGCCAUGUACUUAAAUGAAAUAUCAGCAAAUUUACAUUUAUUGUUUUUUUUUUUUUUAUAUUGUAUCUAUUAAAUAUUUGACAAUAGUUUUUUUACUUACUUGUUGAUCUCGUUGUUGAUUUUCAAAAGCUGUUUAUCCGGAAACACCCUAUUAUAUAUAAUAUCCUAUGCCUAUAGCCUAUAAUAUAUAUUAUAAUGAUACUUUGUACCUACCUACUAUAUACUAUUAUAUUGAAUUUAAAUGAAUUACACAAAUGUAAAUUAUUUAUGUAUUAGGUAUAUUAUGAAUACAAUGUAAUACCUAGAUAAUAUUAUUAAUGCAGAUGGGUACGCAAAGUAUAACAGUUCAGCAUAAUAUUGCUAAAGAAAUAUUAUGAGGUAACCGUGAUCUAACAACAUUUUCUGUGAUAAAACUUUUGCAUUUGUUAAUUAACAUGACCCUGCACAUUUACCUCAACAGUUAUAGAUUAUGUCAAAAUAUAUCUACCUAAUUUUGAUUUAGAUUUCUAAACAAUUGAUAUUAAUAAGUAGGUAUGAAUACAAAUAACUACUGAGUUUUUAUUAAACUAUAAUAAUAAUUAUAAUUUUCAGUGAAGGUUUUUUGCUUAAUCAUAAAUAUACUUUGAUUUUUUUAUACUAAUUAAAUGUAUUAAUAUAUUUAAAUUGUUGAAGAAUAUGUAAUAUGUUAAACAAUUUUGUUUAGCAAUUAUAAAAUAUCUGUUAAAAAAUAAAUAGUCUUUGGGUACUAAAAAUUAAAAUUUAAAAAAAAAAUAAAAGUGUCUAGAUAGGAAUAUCAUAAUAAUAAAAAAAUAUAAAUUAAAUUAAAUCACAUAGUAAUUUUUAAUUCCGUUGAAAAAUAUUGUACCUAGUAUGCCACAACAAUAUAACCAAUUAAAUUAGUCAACUUUUAUCAUAUAUGUACUUAACCCAAAUGCAAGUAUGAAUUUAGUAUAUGACAAAAAAUAAAAUUAUAUAUCUACAUAUUAAAUCACAAACUAAUAAUUAAACUAGGUUUAUCAUUUUAAAAAUAAUUUUUAUAAUAUGAUAAUAUUCUGUAUUAUAGAAUAACAUCAAUUUUUUUUUUUUUCUUAUCUUUACUUUUGGUAUUUAUUGAACUUAACUAUUUCACUUACUUUUUCACACUAUUUUUUAGUAACUAAACAAAUAUCAUACAUAAAAAAUUAACUAAGCAAAAAAAUAAAUAAAUAUCAAUUCAGAGAAAGACUUCAAAAUUAAUAUCUUUUAUAAUCACUAAACUUAUUUAAAAUUUAUUUUUUAUUUUUCUUCGGCUUCUCAAAGGUCAUUGAGGUUUAUUACUGCAACACAUACUUGUCUAUCUAUCUUUAUCUUUAGCUAAUGUCUUUCUGACAAUUAAUUCUCUAAUUACUGUCUAUUUCAUAUUGCUGGGUGAUAAUAUUGUCAGAGAUAUUGUUAUUAUGUAUAGUAUUGCUAUUUAUUCUUCAACUCCUUUGGUUGAACACUUUUUAGAGUUAUUAUUAAAAAGAAACAUUGAUUUUACCUACUACCUAACUAUACUAAUUAUAAUAUUAUAACUAUUAUUUAUAUUAACAAUUUUAGGCAGUGUGUAGGUACAAUAUACGCAAAUACUUACUUGAAUUUUUAAAUAAAGUUUAAACUGUUCUGUUGUUUGUUAAUGAACUGUCUAUUAUUAUAAUGAUGAAGAAUUUAGUUACACAUUCAAAAUAACAAUGAUAGUUUAUACAUUUUGUAAUAGUAUCUCACAUUUUGCGCAAGGUUAAUAAUAUUUUGUAUGUAUUACUUUUUAAUAGCAUACUGUCUGUUUUAAUUUUUAAAUAUGAUUCAUGAGCAACCAAAAUUUAAAUAUCAUCAUAAAUCUAUCUGUUUUCUACUUUGAUAUUGACUGAAAUCCAAUAAAAAAAAUGUUAUCAUUUCGUUUUUAAAGUAUUUUUUUUUUAUUAAUCACUAUGGAAUUGUUUAAGCUUUAACUUUUUUAAAACCAUUUUAAAUUUUUUACCCAUACUCCAUGUAUCUUAAAUAAGUACAUACUUUUGUUUUCUAAUAGGAACCCCCAUAUGAACACUAAUUUGAAUACAGAAUAAUUUUUUAGAAAUUUUUGGUACACAUAAGGUGUAACACUAAUAUCAGAUUUACUAUUAAGAAUUAUGACUGUUAAAAGUUUAGACCAGAGAAGUAAGGAAGAGUUAUUAAUUUAUCAUUCAAAAAUAUUUAUGAAAUUUAUUACCCCUUACUACUCCUCCAGUAUAAACUUUAAAAGGUUAUAACUUAUAACAGUAAAUCUGAUAUUAUUGUUAUGCAUAUCAAAAUUUCUAGAAAAAUAUUUUCCAUUAAAAUCUGUGUUCAAAAGGGGGAAUUCCUACUUGAAAAACAAAAGUAGAUAGGUACAUAUUUAAGGUGUACCUAUGGAGUAGGGGUAGCAAAUUAAAGUUUUAAAAUAAAGCUUAACCAAUUCUACAAUGAUUAAGAAAAAUAAAACAGAAAUCAUAUUCUGUUAAAAUCCUCUGAAAAAUGUUUGGUUCGUGAUAAAAAAAAUCUUUUUAUAUAGUUAAAACACAUUUAUUAGGUAGGCAUCUAGCAUAUUUUUUUAGUUAAUAUAUAUAGUUAAAUAGGUAAAUUAUUUAUUUUUAUACAAUUUGUUUCAUUUUUAACUGAAGAAGUUUGGUAUGAAAUUAGAAUAAAUGGUGAGGUUUUUUUCUUUUUUGUAUAAUAACAACUGAUAAUGACAGUAUAAACUAAAUAAAUAAACAUGGUUAUUAUUUACUUGACAUAACUUUGAUAAUUAUAAUUAUUUUAUAGGUACCUAAUUAUAUAAUUAAUAUGUAACAAUAGUUAUUUUUUAUUAAUAUGAAUGCAACACAAAAUAUAGUUAUUAGUCAUAUUAGUGAGUAUUAAUAGUAUAUACCUGCUGUAGUUUAUUGUAAGUUACAAUAUUAAUUUUAUAAUCUGUUGUUUAAAAGCGAUUGAGUUUAUGAUGUCAUUUAUUUACUUCAUAUUUAGGCAAAAUAAUAUUUACGUGUAUCUUUGAGAGAUUUCAAAAACUUAGCUUAUUGUUCUGCUUAUUUGGUUUGAAAUGAAUUAUAUGAAAAUAAAUGAAAUUUUGAAUUUUAGGUUUUAUGCACUCUAUGUGAAUAUUUAUAUUGUUUCCUAAUUUUCUUUAUGGAUAUCAAAUACAAAAUAUAACCUAUUAUAUUUCUAUAAAACAAAUAAAUAUCUUUGUAAUUAGUUAUUUAAAUUAUAUCUAUAAAUUAUUAUUAAUUUGUUUUCUGCUCCUAAUUACAAAAUUGCAUUUAUUUUAACGCCGGUCAAAAUAAAUCAAGUGCCAACGAUUUUCUCUAAUUACACUUCCUAUAUCUAAAAUUUAAUUUUAUGAUGUGUAUUUAAUAUUUUUGUCAGUUUUUAUUCAAUUUGUUUCAUUUGUUUGUUUAAUAAAUAUUAUAAUUUUGCAGUAAAUUAAGUAUUAUUAACUUCUUUAGUUCUGAUACACAUAUACAAAAUGAUUCCUACUUAUCCUUUAACAUUUGUUUCUUUCAAAUCAUCAAGCAGUGAGCACUGCCCGUGAAAUAUAGAUCACAUAUGACGUAGCUUAUCAUUCAUGGUGUGCUAUUUUUAGUAUAUGAUGUUCUGAAUAAAACAACUUGUACCUACAUAUUUUUGUUUUUAAUAGAAUAUGGAUUUAAUACCCAACAAAUUAUUAUAGCAUAAUGCUCUUUAAAUAAUUUAUAAUACAGACAUGCUUAACCAAAUUGUAUGCAUCAUUAGUCAAACACUUAAUGUAAACAUACCUAAAAACAUUCCUUUACUAUGUUCUCUGUUUAAAUUUUAUUUACAACACUAUUAUUUCAUUAAUUUUUUUUCAUAUAUUGAAUACCUACUACUCGUACAUGUGUGAAACAUAUUUACCUAUGUUGAUUUUUAUCAUAAUAAGUAAAUGUUAAAAAGUGUAACUACCUACCUAUAUAGUAAAAAUUAGUUUUUGUAGUAAAUAUAAGCAUUAAUUUUAAAUUUUGUGUAAGUACUGUAAUUGAUUAGCCCUCAUAGUAAUUUAUUAUAUAAACAAUAUAUAUGUUUUUCAUAAUUAUUACCUACUUCAAUUUAAAUAUAGUUUACUAUAUUCAUGAAUAAGCAAUGGGCAAUUUUAAUUAUAAUAAAAUAUUAUGCCAUUUGACUUAAUGUAGGUAGGUAGAUAUAAAAUUAUGUUGUUUUAUAAUAUUUUAAAGGUGUUAGGUAAUUUUCGAGGGUAGUCAACCAAUCAAACAAAUAUGGAAUUUUAAUUUAGGUACAAACUUAAUUUGUUUGAGUACCUACCUGCAAUGUUUAUUAUUUAAUUAAAUUAUGUCAUAAUAUCAUGGUACAUUUUAAAAUAGUCCCUAUUUAUUUGGUUUUUAGACUAAUAUUACCUAUUAAUCUAAAUAUUUAAAAAAUAUUUAUUCUGUUAAAACAUACCUAAAUGUGAAAAUUAAAUGUUUUAAAAAAAUGAAACAAUAUUUGUAUUAACAUACAUAGGUACUUAUAAAUACUUUUGGCCCAGAUUUUCAAUAUAGUUAUUUGCCAGAUUAUAAAUAAUGGUUUUUCAAUAUCCAAAUAUAGUAUUGGUAGGUAAAAAUCAAUACAGGUGUCUACACAGUUUAAUGAUAAGUCCACUUAUUUAUACAUUAUGGACUAAGGUAUUAUAUAGGAUCAAAAAACGAAUGACAGAACAAGCAAGGGGUACUGUCCACAAAAACCAACUGGUAAUGCUGGGUUAUUUCUUCCUUUACGAGCACCCCUUACCACCUCAUUAUGUGUUUAUUUUCCUGGUCAUGUUAUCAGUACUCGUCUCCAUAUAUAUAUAUUAUUAAGUGAUAAAAUAUUAUAUAUUAUAUGUAAUCUGGUUACCUUUUUUAAUACUACACACAGUACCUACGAAGGUUGUUUCAAAUAUUACGAUUUUUGAUAGACCCCCUAGUAAUAUAGUUUUAAAUUUGUCUCUUAACAUUGAUUCUGUAUUAUUGUUUUAAGUCCUUUUUACAAGUGUUUUAUAGUAAUUAUUAUUUAUCAGAUAAAUUUGUAUUUGGUAGAAAAGUUAUUUAAUAACUAUUUGGUGGAAUAAUUAAUUUUGUUUAACAAAUAAAUGUUUUUCUAAAAAACAUUAAUUUAAGUAUACACUUAGAUGAAUAUAGAUUGAAUAUACAUUACUUAAUUAAUGUGUAGGUUUCUAGCUAUAUACAUAAUAUUCUGUAUAAUUAUUUACAAAUCACAUAUUUUGUAAAUAAAUGACAGACCAAAAAUCAAAUUUACAUACUUAUGUUGGUGAUAAUAAUAUACAAUUUUAUAUUUAACAUAAUAUUAUUUUUGAACUAAAUAAUGAUAUUUAUCUAUUUGAAUGUUACAUUUUUAUCUGAAAACACAGAGAAAUACUGUCACCUUACAAUAUCUAUCUUCAGUGGAUCAAAGUUUAUUGUGGAUCAGUUUAUUUUUUGUUAUACAAUUUAAAAAAACAAUUUGUUAUAAUACCUACCUACAGUCAACACCUAUUUAUAUAUUAUCUGAUGAUGAAUAAUAAUAAUUAUGACUAUGACAAAUAUCAAAUACGACAUUAUCUAUAUAACAAAUAACAUUUUAUGCUAUCUAAUAAAGUUUAUUGGUUUGUCUUAUUUGUAUUGUAUUAUUUGAAUAUGAAGUCUAUAGUACAACUUAAAUAAUAUUGUCACCAGAGAUAAUAACAAACUUAGUUUUGGGUGUGUAACCGGAAUCAGAUCUAUUCCAAAGAUAAAUUGAAAUCACGUUUCUUUUUCAAGUCAACCAAUUCUAAAAAUAUUUUCAUUAUAGUUCGUUCAUCUUCUAUGUAACUUCCCCAGUCAUUUUGUCUGUAUUUUUUUGUGUUGUUAGUCAUUUUAUACAAGAAUUAAAAAUGUAUUACUAAUCUCGAGAUAAUUAAUGUACAUUAUAGUUUAGUUAAAAUUUGUUUUUAAAUAAGUAGCCUUAUUAUUUGGAAAUCAUAUUUAAAAUAGGUACAAUAAUAUCAUAUUUUAAUUUAAUUAUUAUAUUAGGUUUUUUCACAUUUCUAUUAGGUAUAUUUAUUAUACCAAAGUAUAAAUAAUUAACUUAAUUUGUACUUUGAAUUUUCCAAGAAAAACUAAAAGUAUAAAACAAUUUAUUUAUUAUUAAAAUUAUAUUUUAUAUGAGGACAAUAUUAUUGUGGUCGUAAAUAUCCCAGUGUGUAUUUUAAAUCGUUGACUACUAAUGGUUUUUACCAAAUUCACUUAAAUAUCAUACAAAAAAAAAAAAAAAUCAAUGCGGAGGACGCAAAUAAGAAUAGCCCGGGUCCACUUACGUGGGAUAAAUACAGAGCAAAAAAGAACUUGCAAAAAAAAUCCAUUAGCUAAUAUUUUUGUUUUCAUUUUGUUGACUCUUUAAUAACUUUGAACGAGUUUUGAUAAUAUUUAAAUUAUUGUUGUUAGAGGUACAUAUUAGUUUAUAUGUAAAAAAAAUAAAAAUAAAUUCGCAUUUAGCAAUCUUCCUACAUAAGUUUUGUUCUUUUUUUCCUAUUUUUUUUUUUUCAAUUUAUGUUACAUAUUAAUAUUAUUUGUCAGUGACACGAUAUUUAGGUAUAUACAUUUUUUUUUUUUACUCGAUAUUUCAACAGCAUUUUUCUUUCUUAUUUGUUUAUCUACGUCAUACGGUCACGUAUAUAUACACGUUCAUACUCCAUUGACAUUUGAUAUGUAAUUAAUAACAUCCUCCCACGCGGGUUGCAUAUCCUGUUUCCCGUGCGUAUCUAUAGUAAAACCCGCAAUAACGAUCAAAAUAUUAUAUGUUGUAAGCCUUCUAAUGAUUUUAUUUACACGGUCGUCUAAAUAAUUCGUGUACACGCACAAAGAUUUGCAUAGUUACACUGUUGUGACUUUAACGCCGUGACGGACCGUAUCUAAAUACCCAGUUGCGAUAUUUUAUCCUUAAUGCUAAAUAUCAAUGCCCGCCAAAUUUUUUGUUAAAUGAUUUUCUUACAGGAAAACUUACUAUUUUAGAAACAUCAUUUCGGCUUGUAAAACGCACCGCGGAGUUCCUGCCUAUUAUAUUAUUAUUAUUAUUAUUAUUACAUUUAGUACCCGUGUGUGUUUGUCCGGAGAAAGUAGAACAACAGGUUUUUCUUGUACGAAUCUUGUCUGAAUUAAUUGCGAUCGUCGUCAACGUGAUUCUACCCUUGUUGGCUAUUCCGGGCGUUAACAGAAAUCGUUUUUUUUUUCUCGAUAAACAGGAGUUAUAUACUAUUUAUACACAUUUGACCGUUCUUUAAUACCCGAAGUUGCGUCGUCUUUUAUCCAUGUACGGAAUAUAAUAUCAAACCUUUAUAUAAUAAUUUAUGUUGAGACUAGAUUUAUAGUUGUCGAGAUUACGGCUAGUAAUUUGUACACAGAUGACAGGUUUUUUUCAUUCGCCGAAGAAAGUCGAGUCUCUUAAAUAUUAAUAGGCAAUAUAUUUUUUUGGAAAUCGACAUUUUGAAAUUUCUCUGGAAAUUCCAAAGUGAUUUAAUAUCGUAAUACAGCCGUGUUUAGAGACAAUAUAUUUGCUGAAAUUUAAGUACAAGGUACAUUGGUUUUACUUAAUCACUUAAUUGUCCCGUUAUAUCAUUUUUAAAUUCUGAACGAAACGAAGAAUGUAUUGGUUUUACAACGAUGUUUUUUUUCGUAUAUGUAUAUAUAUAUACUGUGUACAUAAUUUCUGCCAGGAAUUUUGCUCUGAUGUAUCAAGUGUAGCACCUUUUCUAAAAGGAUAUUUUAUCUUUUUGGUACUUUAAAGUGGUCAUUUUUUGAUUUUCCAAGUGGUUUUCAUAAUAAUUGGGAAUAGGAAAACCCGGAGAUUUACGAAAAUAAUGCUUUUUUUUAUUUUCAAUUUUGUUAUAACACGGUUAAAAAUGAUCGUAAACAUUUGAAAUUUGAUUGAAAAACUUAUUAUUGCCUAUUUAGACGGGGUAAAAUAUUCAAAAUAUUUGAGCCUAUUUAUAGAAAUUUUAAUUUUGUGAGUAAUUUACGUAAUUUUUGCUCAGUAAGUAUACUCUGUGGAUAAAAUUGUUAAACCAAACAAAAAUGCUUAAACAUUUAACAGGAGGUUAAUUAUAAGUUGUAACUAGUGGUCAACAAGAAAAAGUUGAGUUUAAUAUAGUAUUUUUUUUUUAUUUUUUUUUUCUUAUAAGAAUUUUGAUGAAAAUUAUAAAUAUUACGGCCUUUUAAAACAUGUAUAACUGAACUCCUCUAAGAAUCGUUUUUCGUUAGCAAUGAUUAAUCGUUGCAUACAGAUAAACAUUAAAUUCCCCUUUAUAUCCUUCCUUUCUAACUUCUCACCUUCAACACUGACCCACUCAUCGUAUGAAGUAGAAGUAUCUGUCUUUUUUUUUUGUAAAAAACUUUUCUACCAGAAUUUUUGCUCUUAUUAAAAACUUUAUAAAACUUUCCCUUACAAUAUUUGAUCUAUUUAGUGCAUAGGGUAUAUAAUUUGUUUAAUUUGCCGUGUAGUUGUCUGAAUAAAUGGGAAAAGCUGGCCUUUAUUUAUUUAAUUUUGUUGAUUUCUGGGUUACUUUGGCAACAAAGGAAAAAAUACGACUAUAAUGCUCUGUUCAAAAUAGUUAUAUGUUAGUCAUGAUUUAUUGUUGCGUACAGAUAGGUAUAAAUUAAAUUACUCUAUACAUCCUUCCAAUUCCCUCCCAAAAUAGUGGCACACCCAUCGGCAGUAUUAACCUUUUUUUAAUACUAUUAAGUUCUAUAUAUUUAUAUAUUCUAUGCGUAUUUGCAAGAAUUUAAUAAUUUCAUCUAAAUAAAUAUAACUACGUAACUAUAUAAUUUUACCGAAGUAUUAUCUUUGUCGGGAUUUGUAAAUCAAUAUUACUUAUUGGAUUUUGCCCUUUAUUUUGAAGUUGGUUUAUUUGUAUCAUUACUGCCUGUAUUUACUACUAUAGAUUUGGUAUCGCAGUAUAGUGCGGCGGUUCAAUACCUAUAAAAAAACAGAAAAAUAUGUUUCCUCGUAACGUCACGAUCAAAGAUAUAAUUUUUUCUGUUAUUUUUCGUCCCCUCGUUCAAUUGGAAAAAAAAAAUAAAUGAUUUAGGGUGGAAACGACGGAGUGAACACAAAUAUUGUUAAAUGUAAAAUGUGGAACACCGUGUAUACAUUUAUUGUCAUACGCCUAAACCAAUAUCGAUAUAAUAACACUGAUCGCCCAGAUUUAUAAAAAUAAUAAUAUUUUAUCGUAAACAAAAUUGGCAUGCGGAAGAUUACAAGCCAUCUUUUUAAAACUAUUAUAGAAAGUUUGUCUGUACGAUUCCGUUGUAUUUUAAAAAGUAGUGUCGAUAACCUUGACAUCCUAACGACUACUACAGAAACGUAGAAUAUAAACCGCAGAAUAUUUUUGACUUUAUUAGCUCAUUUAUCUCGCGCGUUUCCGAUUCAAAGUCUAUUGAAUUCUUAUCACUGAAUUCAAAUUUUUUUCUAUUUCUUUAGUUUCGGUAAAUAAUCGAAAUUCGGUAUAAUCGUCGUAAUAUCUAUUUUACGAAAUUGACAAAUCGCCAAAUAUCUACAGUGAUAUAUUUAUGAUUGAGUAUAGACAUUUUCCCUUUUGAAUAACUGAUAUUCGUUUAGAAUUUGUCGGUGCAGAAUUAAUAUUCAUUCGAGUUUUCUAUUUGUGUAUUCCCGGAGUAACGAGGCUCCCGUAUAGCUUGUGCCCAGUGAAAGCGUAAAUUUAUAUACCGCGCAAGAAUUCUUCUACAAUCCGUUAUUUGAACGUUUGUGUUGAUAAUUAAUGGAAUAAUAAAAAAAAAAAAAUAAUAAUAAUGAUAAUAAAAAUCGUUUACAGAACGGAAACAAUGGUAUGUUGGUGAUAGGAGCUACCUAUAUAUUAUUGUAAUCUAUAAAAUAAAACCAUUUUCACUUCCUUAUAUUUGGCUACAGCGAUUAUCCCCCACCUCCCUUCUAUCCUUUCGAUAUUGUACUUGUGUGCGUGUAUCGCGUGUAGGUAUUUCGAAAAUAUGUUUGAAUUAAUUAAAAAAAAAAAACAACAACAACACUACGAACGAACUACGCGGUCAUUUUUCCAACACAAUAAUAAUAUAUCAAUUAAGAUUUUAUAUUUAUUGAUUUACAGAUUGAAUAGUAAUAAUAUUAUUUACUAUAUUAUAGGUGUUAAGGUGUACAUAGUAUAGUAGGCACCCAUUAUUAUUCUGAGUACGCAGAGGCGCAUACCUACUCGUAUCUGUGUGACACUACUGACCUUGAUCUUCGCACCUAAAAUAACGGCGGUGGCGUUCUCGUGUUAUUUUCAUAAACAUUUUUUUACAUUUUCCAGGACCAGUACGAUAAUUUAUCGUUUCACACUCAGAAAGGUAUCGAUUUCCUAGAACGGUAUGGACACUUUAUACGCGACAGAUGCCUCAUCGAAAUGGAAUAUGCCGGAAAACUCAGGUACCUACCAGCUUAUAAUUAAUCAUACUGUGAAAAUUCAAAAUACAAUUAUAUUAACUAAAUAUUUGUUAUUAAUAAAAAGCGGAAGUCGAACGAGCAAGUGGAUAUAUUGAUAAUUGUUAAAGGUGUAUCAUUGGCGUGCGCACUGGAGAAAUAAGUUGUUGUCCCCCCUCUAUAUUGGCUUGAGAAGUAUUCAAAAAAUACGAGUGCCUAUUUAUUUCGAAAUUGUGUAAUAUUUUUCCGGCUAUGUUAUACGAGAAAAUAGGCUGGUAAACAGAUUUAAAUACAAAUCGGAUUUUUUGGUUGCGGCAUUUAAUUUCUCAUUGUCGGGUGAGGGUUGUAUAACAGUCUAUAUAACAGAAGAAGAUUGUACGAUUUAUUUAUCAUGAAUCAUGAUUAUUAUUUACUGUGCAUCUUCCCCUCUCCGUUGAGAAUUCUCGGGUUCGGUAUUAUACUGGAUGUGCAUAAUUAUUAUGUAAAUAUAUCACCAUAAUAUAUUAUAAUCACCGUUGAGUGACCUCCAUACGAAUGUAUCAUAAAUCUUUUAUAGCUCAAUAGGUUUCCCUUAUAUUAUGUUGGAGAAUUAUAAUUUAUGAACAUACAUGUUGAUAUCAAAAAUAUGUAAAUAAAAAUACUAAAAAUGCCCUAGUUUUAAAUAUGGCAUAGUUAUUAUAAUAUACCUUUUUUUUUUUUUUAUCUAUUAACAACGUUGAAAAACCCUGCACCUUUUCGUCUUAUUUUUUGAAAAUGUAAAUAAAAAAAAAAAAUGUAUCCUUAAAGUAAACAAGUACCUAUAUAGAUUUUUAGAUUCUGAGUGUAGCACAAAAACUAAAAAUGUUUACUACGAUGUAUUGAUGGUCAUUUUUUUCUCUAAAAACCUUCUUUUUUUUUUUCUGGUGAAUAAAAAUACUCCGAUUUUUUCCCUGCCAUACUAAACGAUGUUUAUUCUUCGUCCAAUGGAAGUUGAUUUGAAACAUAUUUCGAAAUUCUCAAUACUUUUGGUGGUUUAUUCUUGUUAGAUUAGGUUACCAUAACUAUUAAGGAUAACACUAAUUAUAAUACUUUAAGCCUUACGAGUUUACCUUGGUCCGUUCUUAAACGUUUUUUUUUUAUUACAAUAAUUUGUUCUUGUUUUAUAUAAACUUAGUAGCGUGCCUAGGAAUUUUCAACGGAAGGGAUGUACCAAAUAAAAAUUGUAAAAUCGUCUUCUCGACUAUAUAUGAAAUGGUAAAAGCCGAAUUCUAAAGAAAUCUAAUUUUUAAUCGAUACAUCAAGUUUUUCCUCGUAACUUGGCUGAAAUAUAUGCAUUUCGAUAUUAAAUUACUUUUAUUUUUUCUAUUUUUAAGUCAAUGGGGGAGGAAUAUAACCCCUAAACUUCCCUUUGCGUAUGCCACUGUAUAAACUAUAUUAAUCUAUAGUUUCUUUACUUUCCAAACAAUUUGUCUACGCCAGUGGCCUAUGUUGCGAAUAUGUCCUGUUUUUUAAACUAUUAUUGUUGAACAUAAAUAUUCAUUAUAAACAAUAGCCAAGUAGCUCGGAACUAAAAGUAUCUUUUUGUUAUUAAAACGAUUAUGAACACUUCGUAUUUAAAAAAAGUCUCUUUGAAAACGUGACUCAUGAGUCCUGACAUAUUUUACAAAUAAUUAAUCGAUUGUCGUUACUCUAUAAAUAUGUAUGAUUUUUUUGUUUUUAUUAUUAUUAUUGAUAAGUACUGAUGUGGUAAAAAUAUCAUAACAAUAUUGCAUUUGUUUAAUCAAAAUAGUUAAAUAAUUCACACUUAUUAUUUUAUUGUACCUGACUUUUAUAUGUUAUUAUAAAUCGAUUUUAGUAAUUUUACUCGAGAAAACGGGUAACAUAAAUACAUUGUUGUUGUCACUGUUAAAUUAGUAAUAAUUACACUAACGAACGCCCUAUAGAGACCUUUUAAAUGCUAUUCAACGGGUGAAAUGAAACUGGGAUGAAUUUAUAAAAAUUAGAUAGAUCGGUGAAAAAAGCCCUACUAGUAUAUAACUACUUAAUAUUGUCAUUAUUAGCUGACUUAGAUUUACCGUUUAUGAGUUAUAAACGUUUAAAGUUUAGAUCCCAGAAGUAGGGAAGAGUAUCAUCAAUUUAUCAUUUAAAAAUUAAUAUGGAAUUUAUUAUCCUUUCUUAUAUAGCUACUCCUCCGGUCUUAACUGUUAUAACUCAAAAAUUGUAAAUCUGAUAUUAGUGUUAUACAUAUCAAAAUAUCUAGAAAAAUUUAAAAAACAAAAAUAUAUAUUUAAUAAAGGUAUAUAUAGAAUAGGGAUAGAAAAUUAAAAAUGGUUUUAAAAUAAAGUUUAAUCGAUUCUACAAUAAUUUACAAAAACAGAAAUCUAAUUCACUUAAAAUCCUCCGAGAAAAUUGCUGGUCUAUGAUAAAAAAAAAAUAAUAAAACAAACGGACAUGUUACGCACGAUAGGUGGGCAACUGACUGUUGUAGGUGAGAUGUUGGGAAGUUAGAGAGAAAAUUGAAUGUAUGUAGGCAACGAUUAAUCAUUACUAACGAACGCUUCUGAAUGGAGUUCGAUUAUACAUGGUUUGAAAGGCCUUAUAUUACUAAGGAUUUAUACUAUUAUUUAACACGAUUUAUUGGAAUAGGCAUUCGAUUUCCAGACCUAUUUAUAUUAUAAAAUAAUCGAUACCAAGAAUUUAUAUUUGAAUUCGCAUAUACGCACCUAUAAAAAUCUGCGAUCUCGGUUGUAUGAAAUCCUUAAACGAGUUGUCUUUGCAAAAUGCAAAUAAAAUAAAAUAUGACCUAAUCGAAUUGCAUCAUGCAAAAAUCGCAUAAUAAUCACACUCGAAAUAUUAGUCAAUUGCAUUACGUAUAGUACGCGGUCGGUAAAAAUAAGAUUAUUUCUUUGAUGAUGAAUUUGACACGAGUACAUUAUUGUUCUUUUCUAAACACCGUGACUAACUUAACAGUUAAACGAAAGUGAAUAAUUUUAUAAUUCUUAAUUUUAUUGUGUUCGUCAGUAACAUAAUUAUAUAGGUAAUUAUUAUUUUAAGAGGACGCGAUAUCCGCACAUAUCCGCUCUACAAACGUAGGACAUAGGGAAUUUUAUUUAAGCAACUUUGUACUGUUAGUUUUGAUUUUAGAGCGAAUUGACCUAUUAUCAAACUUAAACAAAUAAUAACAUUAUAUGUGUAACUAUGUCGGAUUUUUUUUGAUAUUUUAAUUUUAAAGCGAGAUAUGAGUAUGUGAAUAAUCGUUGUGUAAAAAAUGAUUAUAUUUUGCUUAAAAAAUAAAAUAUCGACAAAAAAAACGCAGUUACACAGAUAAUGUUAUUUUCAAUUUUGAUAAUAGGUCAAUGCGCUUUGAUAUUAAAACCAACAACACACAAUUAUCCUUGUUGAACCCAAAUUUGCGUACGUCCAUAAGACGGAGACAGCCCAUGUGGAAAUCCUGUCCUCUUAAGGACUUGUCCCCGAAUCAAAACGGUACUAGAGAAAUAUUCAGAAAUUAAUAUCGAGAAUAGUUUUGUUUAAAUUAACAUAAUAUUUCCAUCAUUGAUCGUAGAACGUUUAUUAUUAUCGUAUUCGUAUAUAUCGGAAGGUAAAUCACUGAUAAAUAUUGUGUACAGCAUUUUGUACACUGAUUUACGUUGGUGAUUUAUCUUCUGAUAUGGUAAGAAAUUAAAAAAAAGCGCUGAUACUGCUAAUGGAUGUUCCAUUGUUGUAUGUGAGAAGUUGAGAAUAUAGAAUUCAUAGAUUUAUAUUUAAACGCAAAGAUAAAUCAUGUAUAAAAAAAAUACGAUUCUGAGCGAAAUUCGGUUUAACAUGUUUUGAAAUGCCGUGAUUAUACGAUUAUUUAUUAUGAUUUCCGUCAAAAUUUAAACAUUUAAACGGUUAUAAAAUGAAUUUAUUAUCCAUUACAAUUAAUUUUUUUACCACUAAAUACAACUUGCAAUGAACCUCAUAUUAAAUUUUCGAGCAUUUUUACUAAAAUAAUUUUGUCUACAUAAAUCCAAAUAAAAACUCGAAACAUUUCUAAUAACUACAAAUAGCUUUUAAUCGCUAGAAUGUUUUAAAAUUUUGACUACAUCCAAAAAGGGGCUAAUAUACAAGUAUUUUAUAAUAAUUUCAGGUUUCUACAAAUAUUUUAACCGAUUCGCAAACAAAAAAAUCGAAAAUAACGGAAACCGUUAAUGCAUAAAUAUUCACCACAAUUUUUCACAAUAUUAUCCAGAAAACUAUGAAAAACUAUAAAAAAUGCCACACGAGAUUAUCGGAACAAGACUUCUGGUAGGAAAGUAGAUUACAAAUACAAUAAAUCACGUCUUUUUCGAGGUUAUUUUUUAGUAUAUAAGUACUAAUACGAAUCGUAUUACUGUGGCUUAUAGGCACGUCAUAUUUGAUACUAUUAUGAAAUUACGAUAAGAAAUAUUGACGAACCUGAAUUAAUCGAAAUAAUAGACGUCCCAAGGGGGUGUAAUAUGGGUCAAUUGGCCCCCUGGGUUUUAAAUUCCUGUACGCGAUAUUAUAUUAAAGUUAAGUUCCUUUAUAGGGAAAAAAAACCGAUCGUUUAUUUUUUAAAUUACCUCCCCACCUACCCGUCUGGAAAAAUAUCCGCGGACUAAUAUACGAUUAAUAAAUCGAUAUUAUUACUUAACGAUAAUAGAUACCUGUUAUUGAACUAUGAAGUAUGUCAAGUAUUUGUGUUCUUAUUCGAUUCCACGGUGUUGGCGAAAUAUCGUGCGAUUGUAGAGGUAUGCAAUAUGCUAAAUGUAUAAUUUUGUUUUUCUUCGACUGCUACACCGUCCGAAACAAUUAUAUAGGUGUAUUAUAAUAAUUAUUGUUUUCUGACUACGUUUUAAAAAGUCGGUUUGUAACUUCCUUUCGGGUUUGCAAUAAAAUUCGGACGUAUUUCAACACAAUAUUGUUUUUCAUUGGUGCAUAGAAACUAUAUAGACAUAUUUAUUUAUCCGAAAUCCAAUAUUGGAAUCGUCUGUAGGAUCUACGAAUUAUGGCAACCGGCGCGAAACAUAUUAUUAGAACCUUACAGGGGCGGAGAGAUGAAAAAAAUAUUCCCCUCCCCCCACGAUUUUUUCCCGUUCAUAAUGUAUAAUAUUUAAUAUUGGUUAUUUAUUUAAUAGAUAAAAAAAUUGUUUAAAAUUAGACUCGCCCACGAUUUUUGUAAUCCAGUGUAUUUUUUGUUGAAUAUUCACCGUGUGUCCACUCCCCUCUCUCUUAUAACACUCCACGAGCAGAUAAACCAGAACUUCUUUUUACUUUUGGACUUUCCCCAGAUACUCAUUCCGCCUCCGGUGCGAGUAUGUUUCCUGCAUGAAAUCUAUUAUUUCGUUACAAAAUCUACUGUAAUUCAAUGAUUUAUCAUUUAAUUUAAAGUAGGCGGACAGAAAGCUUACUCUAACGGGUGUCCAAUAGACUUGACCGUGUGUCCAUUUUGACACGAAAAACCUACUAGGAAAAAAACAAGAAAAAAAAAACCGCACCGGUGCAGUGUAUUCUAUUGUAUGGUUAUUUCAUUUAAAUAUCGCUUAGAAUAUUAUACGGAAUUCUUUGGGAUUUAUGUCGUUGUGAAUAUACUAUACCUACGUACGAGAAUAUUAUUAUAGUGUUUACGGUGAAAAUUGCGAUAUAAAUAGGUACCUCCUAACCUACCGCGUUUACGAUAGUUGGGUAUGUAUAACGGACACGUGAACAGUGUUUUUUUUUUUUUUUUCUCGGUCUAAACGCUACACCGCAUAUAACAAUAUACAGUUCCGUCUUGUCCGAUUCUCAGAUUUCUCGGUCAUUGGGCAUGACAUUGUGUUAACGGCCCCCGUGUUUUAUUGGUAUUCGCUGUCAUUGAACCUGUGUUGGAAAGAAAAAAACAACGCACGUUACAAUUUUGGUGUCCGACUGAUAGCGGGGGUCACGUCGCGACAAACAAUAAUAUUGUAAUUACGAUUAUUUGUAAACCGCCUUGCGUGUAUUAAAAUAAAUAAAUAAAUAAACAAUUAUAAUUUUGUCGUUAACCAGACGCGAUAAUAUUUGUUCGAAUAUGAAAACGAGGAACCCGCGUGCAAUCGGUCCGAUAAAAAUGGACGAAACGCGGGACGCGGUACCCGUUGGUUUCAACAUUGGACUAAAUUGACAUAUUGCCGAACUCGGUGAUGUGAAAAUUAAUAUCUGCGCAACGACGCCGUGUAUUGGUGUAUUGGGGGUGUUUCGUCGUUUCGAUUGUUUCGACGGAGAGCCACCGCGAGCGUUUUGAAACUAUCCCGGUUAAUGUUAUCCGCGUACUCACGCGUCGCGCUCUAAACGCACGUGGAGCGAAAACCCGCCGUGCGCAUUUGCACUGCGCAUUGCGCACGACGUCCGUUAUCUUCGCGUUCCGGCCGUUCGGUCGAUCCGCGCCGCGGACGCUGUUCCGAACCGACGGCGCCAAGUCGCCAAGCUGCCGAACGCGGCGGAUCGUUCGCGGGACGGAGACGGCCCGCGACGACGCGCGAAUCCCAGAAUCCGGUCGACCGACUUGCGACGUUCAGCGGAAGUCGGACGGCCGCGCGCGCCCCUUUGUUUCACCUUCGCCCUUACGCCGUCGUGCCCGGCGCUCGCGUUGCUAAUUGAACUGAACUGACCGUGUCAUCGGUCCGGGCACCCGUGUACUGUUUUUCCUCCGUCCGCGAUUCUCGCGGGGUUAUCGUUUAGCGCGGCCGUCAUAAGAACAAAAAUGAUAUCAUUAAAAUUGCACGUGCACCGUGCCGUCGGUUGUGAACGCUAAAUUAUUUUUUAUCGAACCUACAGUGUGCCUAACCCAACCGGCCUCUAACCUCGCGCAUUGAAAAUGGAUUAUACAUUUUAAUUGACGAUAACGGUCGAUCGGGGGGGCCCGGUAAUUCGACGGGCGUUUCGCAACAAUUGUGUCCGCGACGUCGACAAUCGUUAUUUAUUUCGACGGGGUGACGGUGGGGGGCUGGGGUUAGAAACAACCUAAUAGUUUGACGACAUCAUCCCCCGCCGACACUCCGCGGUGACGGUGGUUCGCAUUUUUACGGGCCAUAAAUAAAUCGGUAAUUUUAUCGAUAUUGUAUUAUCUAUUAUUACUAUUGUUAUUGUUAUUGUUAUUAUUAUUAUUAUUAUUAUUUACGUCUAUAAAUAGUAAAUACUUCAAAACGUUUUAUUUUAUAUUGCAUUAAUAUUGUUAUGUUGUUUUUUUUUUUUUUUUCAGGCGGUUGGUUAAAAAUUACCAGCCCAAAAAAAAAGACGAAGACGAAUACCAGUAAGUCCCGUUAUAUUAUCAUAUAUUAUUCAUAGCUAUUCAAUUAUAUGUGCACAUUGAUUGGACUAUUUGUUUUUACAAGUCGAAAUAACAGUCCGGAAUUUUUUAUCCGGAAUCCAAAACCACGGAACGUAAUAACCCGGCAAAUGAGAUCAUUGGUAUUUAAGAUUUUAUGUUUUUACGUCGUAAACGUUUUCAAAUCGAGUUUUUCUUUAUCCUCGUGAGAUCCACACAAGGAAAACAAUCCCCACCUACUACCAGACGUUGUUUUUCAUAACGUAUCUGCUGUUACUUCGAUUGAAAUUCCGAACAGCUCGUCGAGUGGAGAUGGCCCGAACACCAGCGGGCGAAUCAUCUGAUGACUUUUGUCGGGUCCGGAACCGUUGGGUUUUACCUAUUAAAUUUCCCCGUUUUUACAUUUUAAAAAUCCGGAAUGUAAAGGAUUUUUACGAUAUUGCGUUCCGACGUCACCUUUCCGUGUUUUACAGCUGUUCCCCCCAGCUUGCACCGAGCACAAAUUUCAAAAAUAUUAAUUUUACUUUUAUAUAAACGCAAACCUCAUAAAACACCUACCGUACAGUUUGCGAAUUCGUACGCAGUACGCGUUUUAAAAUAUGCACUAGGUUUGUAAAUUGGUUAUGAUCUGAUUACGAAACGGUUUUUAAAAAUGUGAUCCGGUGUGUUUAAAAGCUUAAGGGACGCCGUACGCAUGCACAUAAAUACUCUGCACGAUGACCUGUUACAACAAUUAUUUUUUACGGGGAGCGUUACGUAAACGACCGUUGCGAUUUGUAUAGUAUAUCCGUUUUUAACCCUAUUGUUUUUGAACACGGACAAUAAUUUCACCGAUAAACUGACCUAGCCUAUAUUCAUUUAAACGCGUCGUCGUUUAGAUAACGGUCUCGGACUUUAAAAAUUAUAAUGGAUAGAAAAAAUAUCGUGGACUGCGUAUAGUAAUUGGUUGAGAGUACGAAUCAAGAUGAUCUUAAUUCGUGGGUAGAGAGAUUAAAGUAAAAGAGUUGGCACCGAUGCGGCCGUUUCUGUUUGGUUCCCGUUACAAUGAUAGAUUGUCGUCCAAACAAUAUUAUCGAUUGAUAUUUGAAUGUUGAUACCGUUGUUCUACGCGUUUCCGUCAAAUGCGUAAAUCAUACGCAUUUUUUUUAAAUACGUUUUACAGAACUUCUGUGUGUGCGAAUACCGACACGUAUGUAUGUAUUUAUUAGUCAAGAAGACGUGAUGUGGUGAUACCCGUCGAAUAAAGAUUACCUGUCCGCAUUUAUUGUCUCGGCCCGACUAACGAGUAACAAAACAAAAAUAUGAUUACGCAGAUUGUGUUGAACUUUUUAAUUUUGGUUUUUCGGUACCACGACCUUUUCAGUGUAAUAUUUUAUAAUAUAAUCUUUGAUCCUUUGAAGCACCUAAACAAUAAAUUAUUGUAUCCAUUUAUUUCAAUAGACUGUCUAUCUAAAUAAUCACGAACUAUCAUGCGUAUAUCCCAUGAAAAUAACUAAUUCAUUGCCCGAGUGCCAUACAAAUAUUAUAGUAUACCUACUUAAAAGUUAAAACUCUAUAUAAAAUACUGAAAUCGCUAUAAUCGCACUCGGAAAUCGUAAUUCGCAUAUUCGCAUAAUAAUUACCUUUUACAAUUUAAUUAUAUUAAAGUCAUUUAAAUUAGUUUAUUGUAUUGAUUUUCGAUCUUUACGAGACGAGUUGAACAGUUUUUUUUUUCUCAUAAUUUCGUCCUAGUUCGGCUUAAUAUUUUCACUCUUAAAUCAGCGUCAAUAUUAAGUAUAUUGCGUUAUUUUUUUUUCGUGUAACAGUAUGUAGACAAAGCAUUGUGUAGUGAUCAACUUUCGAAAUAUAAUAAUGUAUAAAACGGACACAUUACUCUAAUCGCAGAUAAGUCAUGACUAGUGGGGACUUCUGACUAUAAAAUUUCUGGUGGACAUUUUGUACAGUAAAUAAAAAAAAAAAAAAAUGUAUAUUAAAACCCAAAACUGCUAAAAACUCUUUUAAAGGGAAAAAAGAAUGAAAAUGUCGUUUUUAUUUGUUUGAGCUGCCUGACGCACCACAAUAUUGUUAAAAAAGAUAAGACGAAGGCGUUAUCGAAAUCAUAAAUAGAACAAUUUAUUGGCAAUCUGUAUUAAUUAAGAAUACCUAACAUCUAUUACCUAAAGCAAAUUUUAUAAAAACAAAAUUUCUUGCUACAAUAUUAUUAUGGAUUAACUAAAUUUGAGUUCGGAUAACAAUUAUAUAUAAUGUAACAGGGGCGGCCAAAUUUUUUGUGGUAGAGAUCUAUACUAAGAUACAAAGAAUAUAUUUUUCUUUGAGGAUCCGCUUUCUAACAAAAAUGUAUGAUUAAAAAUUACCUAAUAGGUAUUAAUAACAAACAUACGUGCAAAUAAUAAAACAAAAAUGUAUAGUUAAAUAAUAUAUUUCGUCAUACUUUUAUUAACGCUGGUAUAAUAUUUCAAGUACAAUUGCCAGUAUAAACGCUGUUGAAUAAUAUUAUUUGAUAAAUUAACAACAAAAUAAUGAAAUAUUUAGAUAAAAAUGAACAGUAAUUCAUUGUGAUUUAUCUAUUAAUUAUAUAAAAAUAAGUUCUAACAAAAGGAGAACGAUAUUUAAACCGCCCGCGGUCUACCGGUUAGGUUAGAUCAGUGCGUAAAUCUAACAAAAUUACCAAAAAAUGUAAAAUAAAAGUUUCACUUUUGAACUAUCUGUGAUUGAAUCAAUCGAAUUAUGUAUUCGAAAUGUAUUCUUAGGCCCUCCACUUAAAAAAAAAAAAUAAAUUUUUCAUUAAAAUGUAGGCCUUAUUUAUUUGUAUUUACUAACAAAGGAUUAUAUAUUAUUAUAUUUUUGAUAAAAUAAUUUAUUAAUAACAGUAUAGAUUAACAGUAAAUAAAGUAUAGGUUUUAAUGUCUGGUUCAUUGAAAGACACGCAAACAUUUAUACUGAUUUGCAGUCAAUUUUAAAUUGAUAUCAAUUAUCAAUAUCGCAAAAUUGUAUUGACAUCUCUGCUAUUAAUUAUUCAAUUUGCCCUCUGAUGCGAAUAUUAAUAUAUGCUAAUUUUUCGCUGUAUUUUAUUCUUUAUUUAUUUCAUCAAAUUGUAUUAUGUUGUUACUUGUCAGAAUAUUUAUAUAUAAAUUAAUUUAAAUAAAAAUGUUGAAAAAAAAAAUACGGGUUUGGCUUUAUUUUAUUUGUUCGAAACUAAAACUAGGUAAAAAAAAAAAAAAAAAAAAAAAAAACAAUAUUCAUUUGGUUAUCUGCGUCGCUGGCUAAAGCUAAGAGCGAAGUUCAAUAUACUCUAAAUGUCAUCCACUAAUAACAUUAUGAUCUCGACUUAAAUAAUCUAAAUUAACGUCUUCGCUUCGUUCUGUAGAGUCUGUGACCUCGCGUACUGCUUUAAAUCAACUAAUUAAUUAAUCUGUCCAUUCGUUUAAAGACAAAGACUAAUUUAAUUUUUUUUUUUUUUUAUUAAAAUCUUCCAUAACUUAAAAGCUUAAUCAUAUAAAUAGUUGAUCAAUGAGUACCUACAAUGAUAUGGUCUUCUAAAUUAUAUGUUACUGUUUUGAAUGUAGUAGUAUGCAGUAAUUUGCAAGACCCUGUGUGUGUACACAUUCUGAUACAGGAAUAUUUGGAAUAUAGCUGCAGUUGCAUGUAUAUAUUAAAUUUAUUACACUUAAAUACCGCAUUGUUAUUGUACGUUUAGCUAUAGGUAUUAGCCGAAUAUCUUGCACGUUUUUCAUUUUAUUCUUUCGUAAAUAGAAAAAUUACGAAAUACACGUAACCGAAAUGUGUUUACGUGCACAUUUUAAACAUAUAAUAUAAUGGCAAAAAUUAUCCACCAUCAUCGUACCGAUAUAACGAUGAAACGUUAAUGUGUACUCGUAUAUUUAGUUUAAUAAUAAUCAGCAGUAUUCAUUGUGCUACAAUAUCGUUCUGUCUAACGAAGUCGAAAACGAUGUACUUGCAAUGCAAACGCAAUCGAUAAAUAAUUUUAAAAUCGUUUUAACCUGUUUUUUACUUCAGGAAAUCGUAAUUCAUUUAUUAAACCUAUCGGAGACGGAAAAAAAAUGUAUAUACAAAAAUAAUUUCAAUAUAGUAUUAUUGUAAAAUACUGUGACUCCCAGGUUUGUCCAAUAGCGAUUCAUAAAAUAUAUUUUUACUAUUAUUGCCUUAAACUCGUGCGCAUUCCAUUCCCGUGCGUCAUAAUAAUAAUUACUCAGUAGAUAUGUUAGGCGUACCUUUACGUUUUCGAAAAAUCAAUAACGUUCAUCGUUAGUUUAGAUUCUGAGCAGAGCGAGGAAUGUAUUGGUUUUACAUUGAUAUUAUUUUUUAUUUUUUUUUUUAUGAACAACUUUCUACCGGACAUUUUGCUCCGAUCUUCAAGUGUAGCACUUUUUCUGAAAGGAAAUCCGACCGGAGUGGUCAUUUUUUUUUAUUCUCCCAAAAGUUGCCAUGAUAAAUGAGGAAAAACGGGAAAGUUUACGAGAUUAAUUAUUUUCAAUUCGCAAACAUUACGGCCUUUCAAAACAUGUGUAGACGAACGCCGCACAGAAUCGUUUUUCGUUAGCAACGACUAAUCUUGGUGUACAGUUAAAUACAUUACAUUUUUUACCACUACCUUCCCGUAUUCUCUCCUACAACGGUUACAUCGUACGAAGUAUGUCCGUUUGUUUUUUAUCAUUUUAUCGACGAUUGAAAUCGGAUGUAUACCGGUAUGUUUGUUAUUAUGUUAAAUAAAAAUGCCUUGAUUUUUUUUUUCUCCCUUUUCAAAAUCAUCGUUUUCUUGUUUAAGAAUCCCCAGAUAUUCUGUGUAGGUAUUUCGACAAUUCGCCAGAAACAUACAACAUGUAAGAUGCAGUUCUACAGUAUCUUUCCCGAUAGUCGUAAUUCUAUGUGGGGGAAUCUUCUUUUUUUUUUUCUCCGAGGCCAAAAGCUUGCGUGACUCAUAACACGUUAACGAUGACGUAACUGUACGUCCGGGAAUCGAUACUAAAGGGGAACGUUUCCAUUUCCUUUUUUUUUUUUUUUUCCAUCAAUUACAAUACAUUACCAUUCUAGUCCCCGCCGCAUCCUUUGGGGGUCAAAGCGGGGGGUCGAUUUUCAGUAAUAAUUCAACAUGUUGGACUAUGCCUAAUGUAAUAUAAUAAUACACUACACUACAGCGAGGGUGGACUGUACCUGUUAUUAAUAAUAAUUAAAAAAAAAGGAUGCGAAUAAUUAUCGAAAUAUUAUAUUAUAUUCAUAACGGAGGCGUUCUUUGUCCUUGACGGUCCUUAGCUGUAGUUCAUACGCAAUAGUAUACGCGCUUGAACUAUUAAUUAACCUAAUUAAUAUUCGUAAACAAAACUAUAACACUAUAUAUAUAUAUAUAUAUAUAUAUAAUGAGUUAAAUUUCUUUUUUUCGUUUAUGUGAUUAUUAUUGUAUAACAAUUUUUUGUUUUCACAUGACAAUUAUGAAUGUAAUGACAAUUAUGUACCUUUGUACAAAUUUAAACAAAAACAAAAAUUUAACAUAAAUAUUGUUUUAUCAAAUAUUUAAAGUUUUACGAAAUUUAUUGUUUACAUAAUAUGCAAAUUAAUAAAUAAUAAUCCGUUUAACCGUUAUUGUGUUGGGUUUUUUUUUUUUUUUCAUUCUCACGUUUUCUUAUAUAAAAUGAAAGUUUGAGAAAAUAUCAAUCAAAGAAGUUUGAUUAUAUCGCUUUUGUUUAUUAUUGUUAUUUGUACUCUUAAUUUGUAUUUAAAUAUUCUCGUUAAAUAAAUUGGAUGUUAUUUUAUGCGGUUUUAAUAUCUCCCAAAACGUUUUGUUUUUUUUUUUUUUUUCCGGUAUGAGAAGCUGAAAUUAUGCAUUUGAAAUAAUAAAUACAUUUCCAUUUCUCCGUGAAACCUUUUUAAACCUCUGGAGAAUUUAUUUAAUAUGUGGAAAUAUGAAUGGCACGCGUCUCUGCAGAUAGUGUUUAGAAAGUCUGAAAACAUUUUAGACUACUUAUUUAUUCGUAUACAAACCGCAUACUCCCGCAAUUCCCUGAUUUAAUCCUACGUGUUAGUAGUAUGUAAAUUUUAUCGAUUGUCCGCCGAUUUCAAAGUUUUUUUUUUAAAAAAUUGAUUGUUGUAAAUUUAAAUUAUGUGUAAAAAGUAACAUCUAAUCAUAAUAUUCUAUUACACGAUAUGCCCUAUAUAAUAUUAAUAUUAUAAAAAUAAAAUAGCGUCUGUAUUAUAUUAUAUACACAGUAAGGUCAUUUUCCUAUUACAAAACAGUAUCAUUGAUCAUCUAUUGUUAUCUUGUUAUAAUAAUCUUUAGUAUAGGUAGUCGAUUUUUAUUAUUAUUCAUACGAGCUUCUUUUUUUUUUUCUUUUUCUUUUUUUUUUUUAUAUGUACAUAUAGGUAUAGUUCGUGUAAAGCGUUCAAGGCGAUGCUGUGCGAAGUAAACGAUUUGGCGGGUCAACACGAGGUAAUAGCCGAAAAUCUCCAAUCCGAUGUCAUCAGAGAAAUUAAUUAUCUGGCCAAGGACAUCAAAGAAGAAAGAAAGAAGGUAUGCGCACACGUAAAAAUGUUAUAAUACGUAACCAGACGUUUUUUUUUAUGCUCAUAUAUAUAUAUAUAUAUUUUUAUUUGGAUAUGUCAUGCCUAAUAUUAUUAGAAAUACCUAUAAUCCAUUGUCGUCUCGUUAUAAUAUUUAAUAUUUUCGAACUAUAUCUUUGGUCCUAUAGGGGAAAAAGGUAUCGAGUACAUUUUGUACGGCGUCCAAUAUAAGCAAUCGCGUAUUUGAAAACGCGCACGCCUAUGCCGCGUUUAGACAUAAAAAAAUUUAAAAAAAAAAAAAAACACUGACUCUUGAAACCGGGACCAAAGAUACGUCUGAGUCGUUAUUAUCGUAUUUCCGUUUUUUUACGACUGCCGUUGGUGUUGCAGUUACUCCAGGACAGUGCAAAGUACGUGGCGAUGAUCAACAACCAGGUGGCGUCGCUGGAACGAUCGCGGAAAAACUACGAGAAAGCGUUCAAGGAGGCGGAGCGGGCCUUGGACAAUUUUCAACGGGCCGACGCCGACCUGAACCUGUCCCGGGCCGAGGUGGAAAAACAGCGCAUGAACAUGGCCAUCAAGAACCAACACUGCGAGGAGUCGAAAAACGAGUACGCGAAUCAGCUGCAGAAAACCAACGAGCUACAGGUACGUGCCGGGCGUAUUUGCGCGCGCGGGGACGACGACGACGCCGCGGCGGCGGCGGGAAAACGCCACGCCGAAAGAAUGUGUGCCCGCCCGCGUGUUAACGGCCGUUUUAAAUGUUCGCAUCGUGUUCGCAGAGCCAGCACUAUAAAGCGCUGAUGCCGGAGGUGUUCAGGCAGCUGCAAGAACUCGACGAGAAACGCAUCCGCAACGUUCGGCAUUUCAUGGCACACUCGGCGGACGUCGAACGAAACGUUUUCCCGAUCAUAAACAAGUGUCUGGACGGCAUAAUAAACGCUGCCAAUCAAAUCAACGAGAAACAAGUAUAAACGCCCUGGCCAUUAUUAUAAUGUAUAAGUACACACCCGUUGUCCUAGAGAGAGAGAGAGAAAAGAAACGUUCAUAUUUCGGACGCUAGCGGAGUUGACGGGGGAGGAGGGGGGGUGAGAGGACCGCUGUUGUAGUCGGGAGCGAUUCUGACCAAAGUUCAAUUAAACAAUGAUAAAUAAAUAAUAAAAACUCGGAUAAUCUCUUGAUAGCUUCCAAUUACGUACUAAAAACGGCAACGAAAUAUUGAACAUUUCACGAUUUAUUGGAAAUAAGAAAAUAGUUAUUUGGUACAUAAUUGCAACAGAAUCGAAAUCAACCGUUUUUCCUGAAAUAUUCCCGAUUUUAAAAGACACAUUUCUGCCGAAUUUUCAUUAUUUUAAUAACAAAGCAAAGAAAAUGAUUUCUGCAAUGCUUCAACUAGAAAACAAUUUCAGAAAAAAUACUAUACUUGAAUAUUUUUAGUAGAAGAGUGGUUUACGGAGAAAAAACAAAAAUGUUUUAAACAUACUCUUCAUUGUAAAACCAAUAAUAUAAAAAAAUUAUAAAUAAUAACAAAAUAUAAUGGCAUUAUGUCUAACCCUAUGCAACAUUGUACACUAUACUUACAUUGAGUGGUCUGUUGAAUUUCGAGACAUGGUUCCUGUUUAUUUUUAACAUUUUUUUUUUUUUCAAGUACCAUAAAUAGAUUUUUUUUGGCGUUUAAAAAUACACCGUCAUACUUGUAAUUAUAAUUACAAUGGUUAUUUACGUGCAUCCCUUAAAGACAAGCCCUAGGCACUUGAAAAUGUCCUUUUAUUUAUUUAUCUUUUAUUACUUACAGGACACGAUAUUAGUGAUAGAAAGAUAUAAAUCUGGUUUUGAACCGCCUGGCGAUUUUCCGUUUGAUGAUUUAAGCCGUGGCGGUGAAUCAACACCGCUCACCAUGCCUGGUGGUAACAGUUACAUAUCUUCAGGUAUAGGCGCUCAUAGGGCUGAAUCGAUGACUGUUAAAGGCACCAUGUCGGCUGGUAAACUGAAAAAACGGGUGGGCCUAUUUGCCAUAUUUAGCUCCAACAAGGUAUGUAUGAAAAUUAAUCCAUAUUUAAAAAAUAUAUUAUCAUAUAUCUUAUCUGACUAUAAUCUUGAUUUUAACACUUUUUUUUUUUUUUUUUAAUUAUGUUUGGAAAAAAAAAUAUUUAUACGAAAUGUUAUAUUGUUCUUCUUGAAUAUUACUCUCAAUACUACCCCAAUCUUCUUUCUGUAAGUACACACAAUUUUCAAAGGAAACAUAGGAACAGCCUCCUAGCCUAAAUUUAUGAACGUGUGCUCACAAAAGUACUUCAGGAAUACUAACCUACUCAUGAUACUUAAUAUCGAUUGCCCGUCGAAUGGAUUAAUGUAUAUGUUUUUUUUUUUAUUCUAGUGUGAUUAUUUUUGCAAAGUACCUACAUGACAGUUAUAAAUAUCCGAUUAAUAAAAUGUUAUAAUUAAUUUUUUUUUUUUUAAAUUUAUUAAUUAUCUUUGUUACUUUUGAAUUAAUAUUAAAACAAUUUGAGUUGGUCAGUAUGACUGGAACAAAUGUGGGGAGUGAGCUUAGUGAUCAUGCAACAAUUUGAUUUGAUUUGCGCACUCGUGUUUUGGGCAAGCAAUAUACCUACAUAAUUUUUUUUAUUUUUUAAAAAUGUGUUACUAAGUACUCUAUAGUUUGAAACUUUUUAAAAUCAAACACAAAAUAAAAAUUUUUUGUGUUGUAAAUUUUUUUUGUUUUUUUUUUUUUAAACUACGGAGACUAUUUAAUACAGAAAAUUUUAAAAAACUGGCGUUAGACUAAUUAUUAUUAUUUGACAACACUAAAAAUAACAAAUUUUAAAAAAAAAAAUAACCAAUUUAAAAAAUUAGGUUUAUUGUAAAUUAUUUUAAAGCAGUAUUGUUUUUGUUAAUAUACUUAUUUUUUUUUAUUUUUUUUACUAACUGCAUGGUUAAUCACGCUUGCUUUAUAUGUUUUACAUGCACUCUGAAGCUAAUGGAUGUAUGCAGUUCUGUCAAGGUAUACUAAAUAUUGUAUUUAAAUUUUAAAUGUUUUUCAAUUGUAUACCUCAUAAAACCAUUAAUACAUGAUUAUAACAGAAGUUCAUUACAAAAUAAAGAAAAAAAUUUUUACUAAUAGGAAUUAAACUAAUUAAAUUGUUACUAUAAUACUUGUGUAAGUGCUUUUCAAAUGUCUAUAAACUUAUAUUAUCAAAUAUUAAUAUUACCUAUCUAUUUAGUUUAUGAACUUGCUUUUAAUUACAAUUGCUUUAUUUUAACAAUACUUACAACAGCUAUUUUCAAGAUAAUUAAAAUAUUGAUAACAAUUAAUAAUUUUUAUUUUUGUGUAACUAGUUCUUACUUAUCAAAAUUAAGCAAGUUUUUGUAAAAAUUUCUGAGUUAUUUCCCUAAAUUUGUACGACUUUAAUAUUAUUAAAUUAAUAUUUAAAUGGUUUUUUUUUUAACAAAUUUUUCAUAAAGCUUAAAUUAAUUAAUUAAACUUUUAUUACAUCAAUGUUUUUCAUUUUUAUUUUAUUUGUUUUAUUAAAAAAAUCACUAUUAAUAUUUAAAUUGUAUACACAAAUACAUAAUAUAUAACUAUUUUAUCUUAAACCCAUUUUGUAUUCAUAAUAUUUAUGUAAUUUAUUAUAGAAUAAUCUUUCAUCAUCUGGUGAUAAGGAUGAUUACAGUGAAUUACCACCAAAUCAACGUCGAAAAAAGAUCCUUCAAAAACUAGAUGAGAUACAAGCAAAAUUACAUCAAGAAAUAGCGGCCAAGUAUAAAUGAUUUACAAAAUACCUAAAUAUCUUUAAUAUGUUAUCUGAACUCAUAUGUACUUUAUAUAAUGUUUCUCUAGAGAUGGUCUAAUGAAAAUGAAAGGAGUUUAUGAAUCGAAUCCAGCCCUUGGUGAUCCUAUGUCUACAGAAGGUCAACUGAAUGAGUGUUCUCAGCGUAUCGAUAAACUUAAUUUAGACAUGACUAGGUAUCAGGGACUUUUGCAAGAAGUCGAAUGCAAUGGUAGCCCUGCUGGUACACGUAAACAUGAACCAGUCGAACAUAAUGGCAUUGGUAAUGGUAGCACUAACAAUUUAUCUAACCACAAGUAAGUAAAUUAUAAUAAUUGUUAUAUUUUUAAUUUUAAAUAUUAUAUUACGCCCUUAGUAGAUUAAAUACAUCCACAAUAGAUGGGAAAGCUCCUCUUGGAGAAGAUGAAUCGUUAAGCCGUUCUGCGUCCGAUUCUAGUGUUUCUAUACCUGCUGUUGGAAUAAACAAGUAAAGUUUUAAAUAUAUUAUGGCAUUGAUUAUACAAUAGGCAAAUAACCUAUAAUAUAGAGAUAUUUGAUCCCACAGUUGAUAGCUAAAUAUUAAUACUGCAUUUGUAUAUUGUUUAGUCAAUGAUAAUAUUAUAAUUUAUCUUUAAUAUGUUAUUAACAAUACUGUUUUACAGUCGGUAUUCUGGUGAAACUGUCAGUCUGGGCGCCUCACGUAAUUCAUUAACAAAUGAAGAUGAUCCUCCACCUUAUUAUGAUAUUCAUGAAUUGCCACCGCUUGGUACAUGUACUGCUCUCUAUGCAUUUGAAGGUAAAAACAAUAAUAUUAUUAUUAUUAAGAGCUAAAUAAACAGGCAUUUCAUCAAAAAUACAUAUUUUUUCUAUUACUGUGCAUAUGCCUCAGUCUUGAAAGACACUGUACAAUAACCAUGCCUCCACCUCCAACCCACCAUUUUGUAUCCAGUUCAGUCCAUAUCAUUCAUUGAAAAUUAUCAUUUGAAUUGUUACAUAAAUUAUUAUCUGUGAUAUCAUCUCAGUCAUGACUAGGGCUCGAAAGUUUAGGAACCAAAAAGGCCAAAAUAUACACGAAAAAAAAAAAAAUUCUUGUGCAUAAAAAAAUGUUAAAUAUGCAAACAAUUAUUCAGUUUAUUAUUCAAAACCAUAUAAUGUUAUUAAUAUACACAAAAAAUAUAAAAAUUAAAAGAUUAAACACGAAUCGCACCAUUGGCGUUAAAUUAAUAAUAAUAGACUGAAACAGUAAGAAAUAACAAUAUAUAAUUUUGUUAAAUAAUAUUGAGUUUUAAAUUUAAUAUUAUUUAAAAUAAAUUAGUUAAAAAAAAAAAAUGUUUAGAAAAUAUUAAAUAUGCAAAAAUCAACAAAAUAUGCAUUUAAAUGUUUCAUUUUUAAACUCUCUAUUAUAUAAAAAGUAUUUCUAGAUAAGUCUGCUAUAAAUUCAGUGCAACAACCGUGAUAAAAACAUAAACCAAUUUUAAUCAAAAUUGUUUCGCUUAUUCGUUUGGGGUACACUUCAUGCGGCGUAGAACAAUUUUUCUGACAUGUCUGUUUAUUUAGCUAAGGUUUAGCUAAUAUCACACCUCAUGUAUUCUGCUGAUUUAACAACCGUUUUAAAUACAAUUUAUUAUCCAUAUUAUUAAAAUAAAAUUGUUAAAAAAAAAACUGGAAUGUUUGAUUGUUAGUCCGUUUUACUUAUCGAAGUGUUCAAUUAUACUGCAAUAGCACAAUAUAAUAUGCGUCUAUAUCACAAUAUUACUAUUCAUAAUUUAAAUACACUUCUGAUUUUCCAGGUAUGUCUUAUCUAAAUUGACUAACACUCUACUAUCUAAAAAACAAAUUUAAAAGAAUAAAAAUUGCUCUUAUUAACAAUUGAUGUAAUAUCACAAUUUAUGGUUACAGCUACAAGUGAAGGCUCAAUACCAAUGUUUGACGGAGAGGAACUAUUAAUCAUCGAACAAGAUCAAGGAGAUGGUUGGACACGUGUUAGAAGACAACCUCCAAAUAUCGAGGAAGGUUUUGUACCAACCUCAUACAUCUCUAUACACUCCAGCUGAACAGUAUAAUUAGUUUCAAACGUCUACGACACCCUUUAACAUUAAAAUCAAUCAUGUACAUAGUAAACUAAAUCCCCUAUCCAUAUAAUAUAAGUAUAUCAUAACUGUAGAUUAUGAGAUUUUUUUUUUUUAUAUAUAUAUAAGGUUGUGAAAAGUGCCAAUUUCUAACGAAAAAGAUAUAUAAACGGUCGAGCUCAAGUUGUCAUGUGUAAUUAUUAUUAUUUUUUUAUGUUAGACUUUUUUUUUAUUACUCUCAGAUAAUCAAAUAUUUCUUAAACCAAUGUGCAAUUUCAAAUCCAGUGGCAAAUAUUAAUAAUCUCGCUUGACAUAUUAUUUUUCUACUUGUGCCGCUGUUUUAACAUAUUCCUUAUCUUCUAACUUGUUGAAAACUAUUAGGGAAUUGAAUAAUGUUCUUCUUAUUUUCAACUUAAAAAAAGUUUCCGUCCACUUUUAUUUUAUUAUUAUCUAAGUUCUCUUUAGUUCCAAGUAUUAUUAUUAUUUUUUUUUUUUUUUUAACGCUAUUGUUUUUGUUUUUUUACUCCAUUUAUUCAUUUCAGUCUGAAAUAUUGAAAUAACAAAAGUAGCAAUUUUGUCAAUUAAUGACCUAUUUGAGUGUUUGUAAAACAUACAUUAAAAAAAAAAACCAGGUUGUGUUAAAGUUAUACAUAUACAUUAUAAAUACUCAGACAAGUGUUUAUUAUGUAUAAUAUAUAUUAUAUAUAUAUAUAUAUGUGUAUACGCAUAUAUUUAAUGGUUAAAAAUUAAUUAAUUAUAUAUAUAUAUUUUUCAAACAUAUGUAUUACUAAAAAAAAAAAAAAAAUAAUGAAAACAAUGAAUUAUUAUUAUUUGAAUAAAAUAAGCUUAAAAAUUAAAAUAUAGCAAUAUUUACAAAAUAUUAGCGAACAAAAUUAACAGACUACAUUUUUAUAAGUAGUUAUAUUAUAUAUUUUUUUGUUAUUAUAUUAUUAUAAUCAUUAUUAUUUAUAUAAUCCUAAUAAUAUUAUAAACCGUGUUUUUUAUUUAUUUAUUUCAAAACCCAUGCAAGCGGAUACGUGGGGUAUAAACGUAUACAUAAUGAAUAUCUAAUCCCGCCAUCCACCGAUUUGUAUAUAAUAGAUAAAAUAUAUAAUAAAUUGCCUGAAACAUAUCAUUAUUUAUUGUCUCAUCGUAUGUACAUUAAACAUGUAAACAUUACUAACCAUGAAAUUAUGUGUGAAAUAUAACCAUGUGUAAAAGAAAUUAAUUUCAUUCUAUUAUUAUCUAAGAAUAUUAUUUGUUAUUUAUUAAAUUACUG